ACGAUCGUCAUUUGAAAGUGACAAGCGAUUGGCGCGGGGAUUAUCACCAACAACCACGUCUUGAGCUCACUUGAAGUCAGGAGCGAUGGACGAAGAUUUUUCAUCUUUGGUUCCGAGCGACUUGGGAGGGAACCACAGCGCUGUGGGAUUAACAAGGCCGACUUCAACAGCCACCACGCUGGACUACCUGUACAUUUCCCCCGACGACUACGACUACGGUUUGUGCGUUUACGGGCGACAAAGGGCUUCCUUCCUUCCGCCCGUCUACUUCACGUUGUUCCUGGUGGGCCUCGCGGGCAACUCUCUGGUGGUGUGGGUCCUGCUGCGCGGGGUGCAAAUUUGCAACACGACGGACGUGUGCCUCCUGAACUUGGCCUUGGCCGACCUCCUGUUGGUGAGCACCCUUCCCUUCCUGGCGUACCAAAACCUGGACCGGUGGAUAUUUGGGGACGUGAUGUGCAAAGCUCUGCUGGGCGUUCACUUCAUCGUUUUUUAUUCUGGCAUUUUUUUCAUCACGCUGAUGAGCAUCGACAGGUACUUAGCAAUCGUGCACGCCGUUUACACCCUGAAGCUGCGCGCUCGCUCCUUCGGUGUGGUGGUCGUAGCCGUCACUUGGCUGGCAGGAUUUUUGACCUCAUUUCCCGAACUGCUCUACCUGAAGGAGCAGCCCAGUCGCGCCGACGUCACCUUCUGCUUCCCGGUGUACCCCUCGCCGCUCGCUCUGGACAACGGCGGCGCUCACUUCUGGCGGGUUUUCGGCCUUUUCAAGAUGAACCUGCUGGGCUUGUUGGUUCCCGCCGUCGUCAUGACUUUCUGCUACUCGCAAAUCGUCAGGCGGCUGCUUUCCGGCCAGUCGCCCAGACGACAGACCGUCCGCGUGGUGGUCACGGCGGUGGCCGUCUUCUUCGUCUGCUGGGUGCCCUACAACGUGGCGUCCUUCUUCAGAGCGCUGGAGCUGCUGCUCGUCUACACCGAGUGCGAAAGCAGCAAAGCCAUCGAACAGGCGUUACAGGUCACCGAGGUGGUGGCCUUCACGCACAGCUGCGCCAACCCCGUGCUGUACGUCUUCGUGGGGCAGAAGUUCCGGAGGAACCUCUUCAGGUUGGUUCGGAGGACGCCGUGCGCUCUGUGCCGGCUCGUCAAGGUCCUCGUACCGGAGCAGCACUUCCGCGUGUCCAACAUCUCCCAAACCACCAGCGUGGACGAGAGGAGCACGGCGGUGUGAAGUGGCCCCAAGGCCUUUUCUGGGGACCUUUCUCGUCUUUUACCAGCAAUAAAGCCGUUAACUGCCACAAGCGAGCAAACCUACGGAAGGAAAUGGGCGCCACCGGGAUUUGAAUUUGAAAUGUAAAGUGAUCACAUUUUCAAUCGUUGUAUUUCGGUGUAACUUUUCAAUGUUAACAAUUCACUGGCUGAAAUUCACCGCCUGUGCCACCCGGCAGGGUUACUGCAGGUCAGAAGCGAACAGCCAGCCAAUCACAGUUACGCUUUCUUAGUCACGUGACGUCACAUCCGAAGAAAGUCUAACCGGAUUGGCCGGCUGGUUUUGACCUGAAGUAACCCUGCCAGGUGGCACAGACGGUGAAUUUCAGACGGCGAAUUGUAGCAACUAUUGAAAAUGUGAUGAUUUUACAUUUCAAAGUAAAAUACUGUUUUCCGUGACAUUUCAAAAUAAAAUCCUCGUUGCGCUCAUUUCCUUCCAUACGAACCAACGCAUAUUCCGUUUACGCAGACGUACUGCACAUUAUUCAAAGAAGUACAGCGUCCACAUGGGCAAUUUUUCACAAAACGACUUCCCGACGUUUUGUUUUUGGAAACUGCCAAUCACGAUUGCGGUUUUCCUCGGCAUAAUUAGCAUUAUAAAGUGGCCAUAUUUACUCGUGUCAUAUUCUGUCCAUCCGCCUCUAAAAUGGCAGCUUCAUAAGGCGGAAAUUAAAAAAAAAAAAAAGAAAAGAAAAACUCUGCCUUCUUGCUUGCACUUUCAACAUCGCUUAGUUCAAGUUUAGAUUGCACACUCACAUCAACAGCCAAAAUUAUUCAAUCGCUAAUUUAAUAUGCAAAAAAAAAAAAAAAAGAACUAGUAUGGUGCCGUUGAUGUAAAUGCUACAAACAAGCUUCCAUGCUAUUACCGCCGUGUUGACAACAAAAAAAAAAAAUGUUUUUUUUUAAAUAAAUAAAUGGGAAAAGCAAAUGCCUGCGUUAUCUCAUCUUUCCAAACUUUUCCAAAGCCUUGAGCGAUGCCAUCAAAACAGUGAAAUGACUCAAGGUAGAAAUUAAUCUGCACGCACGCGCGUCAGAUUAAAACCAGCAGACAUUCAAACAU